AGUUUGACACCGACGCAAACUUAGUCCCCCACUCGCGCACACCACGGUUGUGGUAGGUACGCGACGAGAGACACAGCUCAUGAGCGAGAGCCGAGAGAGUCGCUCAUAAACCGUCAGAGAGAUACCGUCAAUUGUAUUGAUUCAGUUAUUAACUGCAACUGCAUUUGUCGGAAUUUCUUCACCUUUCCCAAGUUCGAUAAUAAGCCUUUGAUUUCGAGGCUUAUAAAUCAAUACAAUAUGGGUGAGAUAAAGGCAAUAUUCCACUUCACAUCUGAGGCGGCAGAUUCCAAGACGACGAUUGUGAAAGUCAAGACUAUCCAAUUGGUGGGCCAACCAGAAAUUUUUCAAUUCCCUCGAGAGCUGCAAACGAGUGACCAACAUCCACAACUUUUCGAAAAUGCAGUGACAAAGGGGGUCGUCAGAAGCUUGAAAAUACGCAACAAGUUCCGAAACGUGACCAUCACCCUAACCGAAGGUAAACUGAAAGAAAUCUAUUUAGACGACGAAGGCAAUGUCGCUUUCAACGGAUACUACCUAGAAGAGGCCCAGGCUAGCGCACCGAUCUCCUUGCAGAGCUCUUCUAUCGAAAACCAGACACACGAAAAACCAAUUCAUUCCGUUGCCAAAAAUAUAAUACUAGAAAAAUUUAAUGGGAAGAAUUUCAAUGCGGGAGCAUGGAUGGAGAUGUUUGUAACAGAAUGUAAAAGGCUCGAUAUAAGAGAAAAUAGAUUUUCAGAAGUUCUGAGACUAUUUUUAGAAGGUCCAGCUUUAGAGUGGUUUGCAAUAUUUCUAAAAACAAAUUCAUUAUCACACGCCUGGGAGUUCUGGAAUAAUUCAUUUGUGGACACAUUCGGCCAAAAGGCAUGGUCCGAAAUCGCGUACGCUUACAAUUUCAAAUACCUAAACGGUUCCUUUCUGGAGUUUGCAUUAAAAAAAAGAAACAUGUUGCUAGACGUAGAUCCAAAAUUGACUAUCAGCUCUCAAAUAAACCUGAUAGUGAUAAUGUUACCUAACGUCGUAAGAGCACGGUUAAACAAAAAAAGUUUAACGAACAUGGAAGAUUUAAUGUCGACACUCAGACAAAUAGAUCCUAUGAAAAUUAAACUCAAUAACAACUCGAAUGAGAGAAACGAGGAUAAACACAAAACGCAAAACAAAUACAGUCCGUGCUCGUACUGCGAAGGUGUAGGUUUUCCAAACAGAUACCAUCCAGAGCAAUUGUGCCGCACGAAAAUAACACACCAGAAAGGAAAUAAAAACGAAAAAAUCAAAGUUGCAAAUAAUAUAGAAAUUCAAGACACGAUCGCGUAUACGGAAGAAGCAAAAAACGAAUAGUGACCCCACUGAUAAAAUUAAAAAUUCUGAUAAAUAAUAAACCAGCCACCGGUCUUUAUGAUUCGGGAGCGAAUAUAUCUCUAAUAAACUAUAAGUUUUGGGAAAAACAGAAGUUGAAUAAAAAUAUAAGUGGGGAUAAGAAUAUAGAAACAAUUUCAGGUACGUCAAAAGCAGAAGGUGUGAUUACCGUGCCAGUAACGAUAUUCAACAUUACGAAACAAUUUACAUUUUUCAUAAUUAAAAGCGAUUCAUUCAAAGAAGAUAUACUGCUAGGUUUAGACUGUAUAAGAGAAUUCAAACUUUGUCAAGAUGAAAAGUUGAGAAUAUCGCAAAAAAAUGAGGAAGAAAAUUCCAGAGAAAACAAAAAUAUAAUAAAUAAUAUCAACUCGGUGAAUAAGAACUGGGAAAAUCUAAUGACAAAACACAAAAAAGUCUUCGCAAAAGAAAAAUUCGAUAUAGGUACAGUAAAAAACUACGAAGCGACGAUAAAACUAAUGGAAAAUAAAUACAUAGCAAAAAAACCCUAUAAAUGCUCAAUCCAAGAUAGAGUAGAAAUAGAAAGUCAAAUUAAACAAUUAUUAAAAACAGGAUUAAUAGAGGAAUCAUGUAGUCCAUACGCUGCACCAGUUACAUUAGUAUAUAAAAAGGAAGAAGCGAGAAAAUCUCGCUUAUGUAUCGACUAUAGGGAAUUGAACAAAAUAGUAGUCCCAGAAAGCCAACCUUUUCCGAGAAUCGAGGAUCUAACGUUGCGAGCGAGAAAUUGUAAAUAUUUCACAAAACUAGACGUGAACUCGGCGUUUUGGUCGAUCCCGUUACGUAUCAAAGAUAGAUACAAAACAGCGUUCGUAACCCAUCAUGGGCAUUGGCAAUGGUGUUGUUUACCAUUUGGACUAAAAUCGUCGCCGGCAAUAUUUCAGCGAAUUUUGUCAAGCAUAAUAAGAAAACAUCAACUGGAAACCUUCGCAGUAAACUACAUUGAUGAUAUCCUAGUCUAUUCAAAAGACUACAGGGAUCAUAUGAAACACAUUGAACUAACAUUGAAAGCUUUACAAGAACAGGGAAUAAAAUUAAAUCUAGCAAAGUGUGUGUUUACACAAAGCAAGAUAACAUAUUUGGGACACGAAAUAGGAAAUAAUUGUGUAAGACCACUAAAUGAUAAUGUGAUUGCCAUUAACAAUUUUCCAACACCACAAACGAGGAAACACAUUAGACAAUUCCUAGGUAAAAUAAACUUUUACCUGGAAUAUAUUCCCAGAUCAACUAUACUUCUAGAACCACUACAUAAUCUAUUGAGAAAAAAUGUAGAAUAUAAAUGGUCAAAAUACUGCCAAGAGAGUUUCAAAAAAAUAAAAGAAUACUUAUGCUCAAAACCGAUUCUGGCAAUUUUUGACCCAGCCAUCCCAAUUAAAAUUUAUACUGACGCGUGUUUACAAGGAGUUGGUGCAAUAUUAAAACAAAACCAAUCAGAUGGAAAGAUAAAACCAGUAUUUUUCUUCUCAAGGAAAUUAACAGAAUCACAAAAGACAAAAAGAGCAAUCUAUAUAGAAUGUCUGGCGAUAAAAGAAGCAAUUUUGUACUGGCAAUACUAUCUAAUAGGACAAAAAUUUACGGUUUUCACAGACCACAAACCACUGGAGAACUUCAACAUAAAAAAAUGUAAUGAUCCAGAAUUGAGACAAAUUUUAAACUACCUGUCUCAGUUUGAUUUUGAAAUAAAAUACAACCCGGGAAAGAAAAACUUAGAGGCAGACUGUUUAUCACGUAAUCCAGUACUGGAUGGAGACUCUAGAGAAGAUGAAACAUCAAGAAUCAAAAUAGUAAACUUUCUAAAAAUGGAUGAAAUUGUGAACAAUCAAAAACAAUUAAAGCUCGAUAAUAAAUGCGAAAUUGAAAAUAACAUAAUUUAUAAAACGCUGAAUAACAGGAAGAAAAUUUGGCUAACUGAGAAAUUUGGGAUUGAAUUGAUCAAACAUAUACACAACAAACAAGGACAUAUAGGAACGAAACAAAUAACAUUAACAAUUACCCAUAAAGUCUAUUUCAAAAAUAUGCAUAAACACAUAAAAACAAUAUGCCGUUCCUGCGAAACUUGUAUAAAGAACAAAACGAGAAUUGGAAACUUCAAAGCUCCAUUAUCACAAUUGGGCCCGGCCUCCGAACCAUUCGAAAUCAUGGCAUUAGACACAAUAGGAGGUUUUGCAGGCAAUAAAAGCACGAAAAGAUACCUACACUUGCUAAUUGACCACUUCACGAGAUAUGCCUUUAUUUUGACGUCAAAAACGCAGAUUGCAAAAGACUUUAUAAAAUUAGUGGACCAAAUAAAAAAUGAAAACAGAAUACAGACUUUACUUACAGAUCAAUACGCAGGGAUUAAUUCAAAGGAAUUUAAACAACACCUAAAAACCAGAAAAAUAAAUCUAGUCUUCACCGCAGUAGAUUGUGCUUUUUCUAAUGGCCUCAAUGAAAGAACAAACCAAACACUGGUAAAUAGGAUAAGAUGCAAAAUAUUUGAAAACAAAAAUCGUCCAUGGUCUACCAUAGCAGAAGAAUGUGUAGAAGAGUACAAUAACACUAUCCACAGUUCAACAGGUUUCACACCUAAUUAUUUACUAACGGGAAGAGACAAAACAAUCUUACCAAACGAACUCAACUACAAUUAUAAAGAGAAGCUGGAAGAUAACAGAUCAAUAGCAUAUAAAAAUUCAAAAAAGAUCCACGAACAGAAUAAAACCUAUUAUGAUAAAAACAAGGUAAACAUCGAGUACAAAGUAGGAGACUUAGUAUAUAUACAAAAUAGUAACAAGUUAAAUAGAAACAAGUUAGACCCGAUUAGAAUAGGCCCAUACGAAAUAAAAGCAAAAAUAUCUAAUUUAAUAUACAUAAUUGGCAGGGGACAAAAGAAAAAUGAAUCCCAGAUUUUCCAUGCUAGUAAGCUAAUUCCCUGCCACUCGCCUCUCAGCCCUUUAACACAACGGGGGGGAGAUGUAAGUUUGACACCGACGCAAACUUAGUCCCCCACUCGCGCACACCACGGUUGUGGUAGGUACGCGACGAGAGACACAGCUCAUGAGCGAGAGCCGAGAGAGUCGCUCAUAAACCGUCAGAGAGAUACCGUCAAUUGUAUUGAUUCAGGUGCGAUUAUAAAAGAAUGUUAAACUAGAGUGUAAGAUUAAUUAAGGAACUUUUUGUAACUCGGUAUGAAUUUUAAAUUACAGUUAUUAACUGCAA